AGCUGCAGAGAAACAACCGAAAGCUUUUCACCAUCUCCUCUACAAAGCUCAAUAAAAUCACCAUCAAACCUCCACCAAAUUCAACCAAAUUUCACCUACACUUAGCCCUUCACUUGGACAAUCACUUGGACAAAGAAGGAGCUGCACAUUCACGGAUUUUCUUGAGGCUUUUGGGACAUCAAAAUCUGGCAUUUUAGCACACAAGUAAGGUGUUAUACCUCAUGGGAUUGGUGACCUUUCAAAAUUGGAGAUGCUAUACUUGAGUGAAAAUAGUUUAAGAGAUUCCCUCCCACAGGAGCUCUUCAACAUUUCAGCUCUUAGAGAAAUAUCCAUAGAAGAGCAUGGACUAGAAGGACUAGUAUCAACUAGGUGCGAUAUAUACAGUUUUGGCAUUACCAUGAUUGAAGCAUUCACUGGAAAACGACCUAAGGAUGAGAUGUUCACAGAAGAGCUAAGCAUAAGGUGUUGGAUUCAAGAAACAUUACCAGGUUCUAUAGAUCAAGUUAUCGAUGUGAAAUUACUUCAUCAAGAAGACGAGCACGCUAAGGAAGACAUUGCUUGUGUAUCAUCUAUCUUGCAGCUUGCUUUAAGCUGCACUUCAGAUAUCCCAAAGAAUAGGAUCAACAUAAAAGAUGCCCUCGCAGCACUUGAGAAGAGCAAAAUUCAGUUUUUACAAAGAAAUAAGAAGGGCCGAAGCAUUCAAGAAUUUUGAAAUGAUGUGCAUUGAUAUUUAUGAAUAUGGAGGUUAGAUUGUCUUUCUUGUUUUUAUUAUUGACUGAAUUGUUCUUGUUCAUUUGUAUAUGUUGUUUGCAAGAAUGAAACAAUUAUAUGACAAUUACACUCUGUAUUGAUCAAAAUCAAUUUUAAUAUGACAAACAUGGUAUAAUAAGCAUUAUGAAGU